AUGGCAUCAUCUUCAAAUAUUCCCAACACUAAUAGUCUUGUAAAAAAAGGAAAAAAUGCUUUGGGACCAACUCCUAAAUCAUCUUACAAACAACCAUUACCAAUUUCCUUAUCAACAUCAACCACUGCUACUAACACCAACAUUAUAGGCUCUAUUUUUACAAACUUUUUUAAAACCAUCAUUAGACAAUUUGAUCCAAUUAUUAAUGCUGUUAUUGUAAAAAAAAAUACAAAAGAAGAUAUUAAUAAAUUAUGGAACCAAGGAUUUUUUGGAAAAGGCAAUUUAUCAAGAAGUGAACCUACUUGGGACUGGAGAAAAAGAUUAGAAAGAAAAGUUAGAGGUAAUGCUGAUGAUUGUAAUAAUAUUGGUGGCGGUAGUGGUAGUAAAGAAUAUUUACAUCUCACAACGGAAGAGGCAUUUUUUUUAUGUUUUGGUAUUGAAUCUUUAAAUAUAUAUGACAAGAAUGAAUAUGUUGCUUAUCACUAUUUUCGUAGUUUAGGUUGGGUAGUCAGAUGUGGAAUGAAAUUCGGUGUUGACUAUGUAUUAUAUGAAAAAGGACCUCCAUUUAAACACUCCCAGUAA